CGGUGCACAAUGUUUAGUGCAACUCAGAGUUCCAAGUCAGAGUUCCUGGACAAAGCCAGGCAGGCGCGUGAAGAGAGGAAGGGGUACAAAGAGAGGGAGAGAGCAGCCACUCUUAUCCAAGCGCUGGUCAGGAGAUUCCUCUGUCGCUGCAGACUCCAGAAGCAAAUAAGGUUAACUUUACAAGCAAUACUUGCCAUUAUGCAUUAGGAGGACAUAUCAUCUUUCUUGAGACUAGUUUUGGAAUACAGUUGAAGUCGGAAGUUUACAUACACUUAUGUUGGAGUCAUUAAAACUCGUUUUUUCAACCACUCCACAAAUUUCUUGUUGACAAACUAUCGUUUUGGCAAGUCGGUUAGGACAUCUACUUUGUGCAUGACACAAGUAAUUUUUCCAACAAUUGUUUGCAGACAGAUUAUUUCACUUAGAAUUCACUGUAUCACAAUUCCAGUGGGUCAGAAGUUUACAUACACUAAGAUGACUGUGCCUUUAAACAGCUUGGAAAAUUCCAGAAAAUGAUGUCAUGGCUUUAGAAGCUUCUGAUAGGCUAAUUGACAUAAUUUGAGUCAAUUGGAUGUGUACCUGUGGAUGUAUUUCAAGGCCUACCUUCAAACUCUGUGCCUCAUCAUGGGAAAAUCAAAAGAAAUCAGCCAAGACCUCAGAAAAAAAAUUGUAGACCUCCACAAGUCUGGUUCAUCCUUGGGAGCAAUUUCCAAAUGCCUGAAGGUACCACGUUCAUCUGUACAAACAAUAGUACGCAACUAUAAACACCAUGGGAUCACGCAGCCGUCAUACCGCUCAGGAAGGAGAUGCGUUCUGUCUCCUAGAGAUGAACGUACUUUGGUGUGAAAAGUGCAAAUCAAUCCCAGAACAACAGCAAAGGACCUUGUGAAGUGCUGGAGGAAAUAGUUACAAAAGUAUCUAUAUCCACAGUAAAACGUGUCCUAUAUCGACAUAACCUGAAAGGCCGCUCAGCAAGUAAGAAGCCACUGCUCCAAAACCGCCAUAAAAAAGCCAGACUACGGUUUGCAACUGCACAUGGGGACAAAGAUCGUACUUUUUUAAGAAAUGUCCUCUGGUCUGAUUAAACAAAAAUAGAACUGUUUGGCCAUAAUGACCAUCGUUAUGUUUGGAGGAAAAAGGGGGUUGCUUGCAAGCCAAAGAACACCAUCCCAACCGUGAAGCACGGGGGUGGCAACAUCAUGCUGUGGGGGUGCUUUGUUGCAGGAGGGACUGGUGCACUUCACAAAAUAGAUGGCAUCAUGAGGAAGGAAAAUUAUGUGGAUAUAUUGAAGCAACAUCUCAAGACAUCAGUCAGGAAGUUAAAGCUUGGUCGCAAAUGGGUCUUCCAAAUGGACAAUGACCCCAAGCAUACUUCCAAAGUUGUGCCAAAAUGGCUUAAGGACUGCAAAGUCAAGGUAUUGGAGUGGCCAUCACAAAGCCCUGACCUCAAUUCUAUAGAAAAUUUGUGGGCAGAACUGAAAAAGCGUGUGCGAGCAAGGAGGCCUACAAACCUUACUCAGUUACACCAGCUCUGUCAGGAGGAGUGGGCCAAAAUUCACCCAACUUAUUGUGGGAAGCUUGUGGAAGGCUACCCGAAACGUUUGACCCAAGUUAAUCAAUUCAAAGGCAAUGCUACCAAAUACUAAUUGAGUGUAUGUAAACUUCUGACCCACUGGGAAUGUGAUGAAAUAAAUAAAAGCUGAAAUAAAUCAUUCUCUCUACUAUUAUUCUGACAUUUCACAUUCUUAAAAUAAAGUGGUGAAUCCUAACUGACCUAAGACAGGGAAUUUCUACUAGGAUUAAAUGUCAGGAAUUGUGAAAAAGUUUAAAUGUAUUUGGCUAAGAUGAAUGUAAACUUCCGACUUCAACUGUAUACCCUUGAAGUAAUGUGUGAAUUCUGUCUCUUUCUGACCAGGAAAGAGGUUGAUGACUUCUUUCAAGAUGUCGGGACAACAAAAAGAAACGCACUAUCCAUUUUUAAAAUUGCACGGAAGUUGUUAUUCAUUUAUUGUCAAGAUGAUAAACUGGUGAGUUUCUUUAACACAUACACUUUACCCUCACUUAUAAUAUAUACAUAUGUUUUGUACAUUGUUAUAACUGAUUUGAAUGUUUUAAUUGUCUCUUACUGGAUGAUGUCUCUUAUUUACUUACAAACUGAAAGGCAUUUCAACGAUUAUGUAUCAAUAUAGUACUUGAGAUUACUGCAGAUUGCUUAGUGUACAUUUAACUAACGAGCUAUGAUGCUUUUUGCUACGCAGAGGUUUGAGAAGCUUUGUCGCUCCAUUCUUGGUAGCAUGGAGGUUGAAAAUGAGCCCAAAGUGAGUAUGAUUAUAAUUAAUCAUCAGUGAUUACAGAUGUUUAAUGAACCAGAGUGUGAUUGAGUCUGUGACUUGAUUGUGUCCUUGGUGAUCAGGUUUGGUAUGUGUCAUUGGCCCUUUCCAAAGACCUCACCAUCCCAUGGAUCAAGCAGAUCAAAGAUGUUCUGUGGGUCUCCUGUCAUUUCCUGAAAAAAUUAAAGGUAAAUAUUAAUAUUUAGGAUAAUAACCUUCUAUAAGAUAACAGGUGUAUCAUUUUAAAUAUUGAAAUGUCAUAAUUGUAACUUCUGUCUCCUGUAGCCUGACAUCCUUCAGGACAAUAAGCUGGUGACUUUGUACCUUACCAUGCUGGUGACCUUCACAGACACAUCAACCUGGAAGAUAGUUAGAGGGAAAGGUCAGUUUCAGGUCAAACCACUGCUGCAGUGCACACACAUCCUCUAUUAUCACAAGUCUCUUGAUAUUGAAAUAAAAAAGACACAUUUUCUACCUCCUCUGUUCUAGGAGAGGCCCUCAGGCCAGUGUUGACCCGGAUCUGUGAGAACAUCAUGGGGCAUCUCAAUCAAAAGGGAUUUUAUUCAAUACUGCAGGUACAGUUACACACGCGGCAUCUUCCAUCUUCUCCCCAGUGCUUUUAGAACGAUUAUUAUGAUGUUGCUGACAGGGUUGGGGUCAAUUCCAUUUCAACUCCAGUCAAUUCAGGAAGUACACUAACAUUCAUAUUCAUAUUCUCUUCAAUACUUUUCAAUUUGGAAAAAUUAGAAUUAGAAUGUUGGUUUACUUUCUGAAUUGACUGGAAUUUAAAUGGAAUUGAACCCAACUCUGGUUGCUGACGUUUAUUGGUUGUUUCUGCAAUAUAAAUAUAAAUAAAAUACGUGACCUGUCACUUUUGGAUUCCCUGGUAGAUUCUACUCACCAACGGAUUGGCGCGCUCCAGGCCCUCUCUUACCAAGGGCACACUCACAGCAAUAUUCACAUUGGCAUUAAGGUGAGUGGUUGUUGGAAGUGCUCUAAUCCCCAUUGAACCACAAUGGAUCAAUUGUCUCUGCAUCACUAGAGCCUGGAGCAGAUCUAUUGCAGUAGAUUCCCAGGCUUCAGCUUGCUCACGUUCCCUCUCUGUAACUGGAUUUGUUGUAAGAAAAGAAUCCUGUGUUUUAGCUUCAUGGAGAAUUAAGUCCUAUCCUAUCAUAGUGUGUGAUCUGCUUGGUUACCUUUUUAGAAUGCUCGGAGCCGAAGAAGCUUCAGGAGCCAUUAGUGUAACUUGUCUCUAUUUUAUAGACCUGUCAUUGCUGCUCACUUCUCUGACAACCUGCUGAGGUCUCUUCUCAUCCACAUCAUGUCUGUCCCAGCUGUGGUCUCCCACAUCAACACCAUCACCCCAGAGGUAGACACUCGCAUGAAGAAACGGCACCCUGUUCUCUACCUAGUGCACUGUAUGUAGGGAAUAGGGUGCUCGAAAGUAGUGUACUAUGUAAGGUAUAGGGUGCCAUUUCAGACGCAACCUUUAUUGUGUAGACAUAUCAUAGCUUGUACAAUGAGAACACCUCUGAGUGUGUGCUUGUCUCUGUGCAGUGCAUGGCCACCAUACAGACCCACGACCUGCUGAGGAAGUUCACCCUGUUCCUGAGCCGCGAGGAGCAGUGUGUCGACAUCUGUGUCUGCCUGGAGGGGAGCCACACACUGUGCUUACUGGGUACGGCCCUUAACACUGACUCACAUAGCUAUUCUAUGGCAAUCGUUUUUAAUUCUCUUCUAUAGGGCAGAGUUUCCCAAACUCGGUCCUGGGGCCCUCCCUGGUGCACGUUUUGUUUUUUGUCCUAGCACUACACAGCUGAUUCAAAUAAUCAAAGCUUGAUGAUGAGUUGGUUAUUUUGAAUCAGCUGUGUAGUGCUAGGGCAAGGGGGGGGGGGGGCAGGACAGGACAGAGUUUGGGAAACUGGUUACUGUGUGUGUGUGCAAGUUUGAGUUGCCUUUUUUUGCAUCACUCGUUCUUGUUUUUCUCUGUGAGGUGCUGUGGGAAGCGUACUGAAUCGGUUCUUUGGGGUUGCUGCUCUGCGGGGCCUCUGUUUCAUCCUGUUGUACUGUAGGUAACCUGAUUCACCUGGGCUACCUCAAUGAGAAAGUCCUGGAGGAGGAGGCCAACCACUUUGUGAAGGACCUGACGGACAUGCUGUCCUACUGCCAGAGAUACGUGUCCCAGAAGAAAUCCAACCUCACUCACUGGCACCCGGUCCUAGGCUGGUUUUCCCAAACUGUAGACUACGGGUCAGUGGGACAUCCUCAGAACCUGAAAGGUGUAGCCUGAUCCCAGAUCUGUUUGUGGUCAUUGUCAUGCCAAACUCAUGACCAUAGGAGAAAAACGGCACAAACAGAUCUGGGACCAGGCUAUGAAAUGGGAUCUCAGCCAUUGAAUGUCAUGGAUUUAAAUUGGAUCUUAACUCCCUCUCCCUGUCCCCCUCUCCAGUCUGAAUGAGUCCAUGCCACUGGUCACCAAGCAGCUGCAGUACCUGUGGGGCAUGCCUGUGAUCCGGACUCUCUUCAGUGACGUCCUCAGCAAAAAGCUUGAGACCCAAGAGGCCACGCCUCCACCACAGUCACAGCCUACCACGUCACAGAACAACCUGCCAGUCAAGAGUAAGUCGAAUUUGGAUUUCAGUUUCUGUUGUUUUCCUCCCAGGCACUUAAACAAUCCAUUUCAAGGGUUAAUUAGUUUGACACCAUUAUUAUCCCCCAAAAAAAUCACUUACCUGGGUUGUUGUCGAUCAAUCCAGACAGUGCAUUAUAGGUUGUGUUUUAAAACAAUGAACUAAACCUUAUCAAUGAACUAACCUUAUUGGAUUGGUUUCUGAUUGACAUGGGUUUCUCUUAGGCCUCUUUAAGCGGGCGUUUCAGAAGUCUGCUUCAGUGCGCAACAUCUUGAAGCCGGUCGGCGGGAGACGAGUGGACUCCGCUGAGGUGCAGAAGGUGUGCAGUAUCUGUGUACUGUACCAGACAGCCCUCACCACGCUCACUCAGAUACGACUGCAAAUCCUCACUGGUGAGUCCCUGUGAUUUGAGGCACACACACACACACACACACACAACAUAUGUUCUCUCAUGUUGUCUCUGGCGGUGUCGCCCUCAGGCCUAACCUACCUGGACGACCUCCUGCCUAAGCUGUGGGCCUUCAUCUGCGAGCUAGGCCCCCAGGGAGGCCUCAAGCUGUUCAUGGAGUGCCUGAACAACGACACAGAGGAGUCUAAGCAGCUGCUGGCCAUGCUCAUGCUGUUCUGUGACUGCUCCAGACACCUCAUCACGUGAGCUCCAUUAAUUGCUACCAUUUAACAGACACGUGAUAGACACAUCCAGUAUGGGAGUGUUUCCCACAUAUAGAUGAAGUCUAGUCCUGGACUAAGAAGCACUUCCAAUGGAGAAUCUCUAUUGAACAGGUUUUUUAAUCCAGUACUAAUCAGUGUCUGGAAAACUGUCCCUAAAUACAUUAUCCCAGACCCACUGGAUCUCUGUAGUUACUGACACGUUAUACUAUAUGUCUUACACAGGAUCCUGGAUGACAUUGAGGUUUACGAGGAGCAGAUAUCGUUUAAGACAGAGGAGCUUGUCACCAUCUCUUCGUUUCUCAACACGUUUGUGUACAAGAUGGUCUGGGACGGCAUCUUAGGUGAGUCGCCUCCUUCCCCUGUUGAACUCUUGUCAAACUCAAAGGCCAAUCCCGGGUUCCGGCACCAUGAAAAAUAGCUUGGGGAUAUGGUUAGUGAGUGUGUGCAUUAACUUAGUGUGUUGUUGUGACAGAGAAUGCCAAGGGGGAGAAGCUGGACCUGUUCCACAGUGUUCACGGCUGGCUGAUGGUGCUCUACGAGCGGGACUGCAGGAGGAGGUUCUCCCCUGAUGACAACUGGCUGCGCAAGUAAGUGCCCCUCCGGAAACGUACUGAUCCUAAUCUCCAAUACUUCCCAAAUCCUUAUAAGGUGAUCCUAGUGAUCAGUAGCGGUCAAAUACUUGAGGUGCGCUUGAUGAAGCUUGCCCACCACAAUGGAACCAAUGGAAUGUUAGUGCCAAAAGCAGCAACUUUGACCACCCUGUACACCGGGGAAAUAUCGGGCCUAUCUCAAGUAUUUGACUUAUGUAUUUGUUCCAGGUCUGAUCUGUAGGAGACAAUUGUGAUGUUGGAAAAGGCACACACACACACACACACACACACACACUCUUUCACCCCUUGUGUCAAGGGAUCUGAAGCCAAGCCUUUUGUUCCAAGAACUGGAGAAGGGUAAGAGGAGAGCUCAGCUGUUACUUCAGUACAUCCCACACGUCAUUCCCCACAAAAACGUGAGUCGGCACAGAAAGAAUAUUGUCCCUCUGGGGCAUCUGUAGUUGUAGUUUCACUGUACCGUGUCCUUAUCAAUAUGUACAUAGUGUCUCACUCCCAUUCGUAAUCCUGUCCUACCCACUUUAGAGGGUUCUGCUGUUCCGGAACAUUAUCACCAAGGAGAAGGAAACCUUGGGAUUGGUGGAGACAAGCUCCGCCUCUCCGCAUGUCACCCAUAUCACCAUUCGCCGCUCACGGAUGUUAGAGGUAUGAAAUUGAUGUAUCGAUCUGUUGCAUGUUUUCCCCCACACUAGAAUACCACUUAGGAUGCAUUCUGUAUGCAAGUGUACAGAGCCUAGUUUUUCAAAUACAGUCAGGUAUGGUGGCUGUGACUUAAGCCCAAACUGAACACCCAAACUCUUUGUUUCUGAACACAGGAUGGUUAUGACCAGCUCCGCCGGUUGCCUGUCAACUCCAUCAAAGGCGUGAUCCGUGUGAAGUUUGUCAACGACCUUGGUGUGGACGAGGCCGGCAUCGACCAAGACGGCGUCUUCAAGGAGUUCCUGGAAGAGAUCAUCAAGAAAGUUUUCAACCCGGCACUCAACCUCUUUAAGGUUUGCUCUCCAGACCUCGUUUCAAAUACUUUUGAAAUAAUUUUGAAUGUUGUAUCUUGCACCGGAACCAAUAGGCUUUGAAAGAUUUACUCUCACAAGGUGCUUUUAGCCAUUUUCUGUCAACCAUGCUGCCACUGCUGAUGAUGAUGAUGAUGAUGUAUUUUCCCCCAUAGACCACCAGUGGCAACGAGAGGCUGUACCCCUCUCCUACGUCCUACAUCCACGAGAACCACCUGCAGCUUUUUGAGUUUGUGGGGAAGAUGCUUGGCAAAGCAAUGUAUGAGGUGUGUCUACGCUCACAGAGGAUGUUAGUCAUGUGAAAUUGCCAUAUAUGUACAAGAAGUACUCCUUUUAAAGCCACAAGCCCUGCCCACCACUGUCCCCCCUAUAAAACUGAGGGAUGGGUCUGGAGAAAUGUAACUACAGUUCAUAGCUGGAGCUAUGGAUGCAAUGCCUGAUAGUCCAUGAGAUCAACGCGUGUGUGUGUGUGUGUGUGUGUUUCAGGGCAUCGUGGUGGACGUACCCUUCGCCUCCUUCUUCCUCAGCCAGGUCAUGGGUCACCACCACAGCACCUUCUACAGCUCCAUCGACGAGCUGCCCUCCCUGGACUCUGAGUUCUACAAGAACCUCACCUCCAUCAAGGUCAGAAACAUCCCCCACCCCAACUAUCAUAGUCGUAUAUUCCCUGGUAUUGUGUUUAUUACAGCAUGCAACGAAAAGGUUUUACAUAUUUUUGCAACUGAAAACGAAAAGGAGCGUUUCUGAUUGGAUAAGUCCAGGUGGUCCCUCCCUGUUUCAGUCCGUUUUCUUCCGCUUGGUGCCUGUUGAACACGACCCUGGUUUAUGGUUAUAAUUGCGCUCUUUAGAUUUGAGACGUUUGUUUUGCUUUGUUGCUACUUUUUGCGAUCAAUAUCACUCCAAGUUGUGGAAGUUGACUCAAAAUGGGUGGUUGAUCUUGGUCUUGUCCUUUUCCAGCGCUACGACGGGGAUGUUGGUGAUUUGGGACUGACGCUAUCGUAUGACGAGGAUGUUAUGGGACAGGUAGAAACUAUAUUCUUUCUCUGAAUGCAGGAAAACAGAACUCUGCUCUUAUCUCUUUUAAUACUCUCUUCAUGUUUCCUGGCAGCUGGUCUGUCACGAGCUGAUUCCUGGAGGAAAGACGAUGCCAGUCACAAACGAAAACAAGUGAGCAAGAUGCAGAUCCAGUUUCUAGAUACUGUAAGUGGUUCUCAAACCUCUCCUCGAGGACCCCCACCCAUUCCGUGUAUUUGAUCUAUUCCAGAGCUAGCCCACCUGAUUCAACAUGUCAACUAAUCAUCAAGCCCUUGACUAGGUCAAUCAGGUGAGCUAGUUCAGUGCUACAACAAAAUGGUGAAACGUCUAAGGGGCCCAGAGGAGAGGUUUGAGAACCACUGAUAUACAACUAAACUUAGAUGUUAAAGUUGUUAAAGCCGUUUGAUGUUCACACCAUCGUUUGCCAAAUACAAGAUGUAUUUAUUGUCCCUGUAGUUAUAACAAAUUGUGUUGGAUGAUGACAUGGGUCCCGGCCCAGAAAUAACCUCUAGCCCCUAGCCCCCCUUAGACACUUGUGGAGAUCUAAAAGGAUCUGAUGGGCAUAGUAGAUGUACUUGCAUUGCGUAUUAUACCUAUCAUUGCUUAUUAUAUAUAUUAAAUCCAUUCAUACAGUUGAAGUUGGAAGUUUACAUACACCUUAGCCAAAUACAUUUAAACUCAGUUUUUCACAAUUCCUGACAUUUAAUCCUAGUAAAAAUUCCCUGUUUUAGGUCAGUUAGGAUCACCACUUUAUUUUAAGAAUGUGAAAUGUCAGAAUAAUAGUAGAGAUAAUGAUUUAUUUCAGCUUUUAUUUCUUUCAUCACAUUCCCAGUGGGUCAGAAGUGUACAUACACUCAAUUAGUAUUUGGUAGCAUUGCCUUUGAAUUGUUUAACUUGGGUCAAACGUUUCGGGUAGCCUUCCACAAGCUUCCCACAAUAAGUUGGGUGAAUUUUGGCCCAUUCCUCCUGACAGAGCUGGUGUAACUGAGUCAGGUUUGUAGGCCUCCUUGCUCGCACACGCUUUUUCAGUUCUGCCCACACAUGUGAUGGCCACUCCAAUUGCAAACCGUAGUCUGUUUUUUUUAUGGUGGUUUUGGAGCAGUGGCUUCUUCUUUGUUGAGCGGCCUUUCAGGUUAAGUCGAUAUAGGACUUGUUUUACUGUGGAUAUAGAUACUUUUGUACCUGUUUCCUCCAGCAUCUUCACAAGGUCCUAUGCUGUUGUUCUGGGAUUGAUUUGCACUUUUCGCAAAAAUUACGUUCAUCUCUAGGAGACAGAACGCUCCUUCCUGAAUGGUAUGACCGCUGCGUGGUCCCAUGGUGUUUAUAGUUGCGUACUAUUGUUUGUACAGAUGAACGUGGUACCUUCAGGCGUUUGGAAAUUGCUCCCAAGGAUGAACCAGACUUGUGGAGGUCUACAGUUUCUUGGCUGAUUUCUUUAGAUUUUCCCAUGAUGUCAAGCAAAGAGGCACUGAGUUUGAAGGUAGGCCUUGACAUACAAUGGGGAAAAAAUGUAUUUAGUCAGCCACCAAUUGUGCAAGUUCUCCCACUUAAAAAGAUGAGAGAGGCCUGUAAUUUUCAUCAUAGGUACACGUCAACUAUGACAGACAAAUUGAGAAAAUUUUUUCUCCAGAAUAUCACAUUGUAGGAUUUCUUAAUGAAUUUAUUUGCAAAUUAUGGUGGAAAAUAAGUAUUUGGUCACCUACAAACAAGCAACAUUUCUGGCUCUCACAGACCUGUAACUUCUUCUUUAAGAGGCUCCUCUGUCCUCCACUCGUUACCUGUAUUAAUGGCACCUGUUUGAACUUGUUAUCAGUAUAAAAGACACCUGUCCACAACCUCAAACAGUCACACUCCAAACUCCACUAUGGCCAAGACCAAAGAGCUGUCAAAGGACACCAGAAACAAAAUUGUAGACCUGCACCAGGCUGGGAAGACUGAAUCUGCAAUAGGUAAGCAGCUUGGUUUGAAGAAAUCAACUGUGGGAGCAAUUAUUAGGAAAUGGAAGACAUACAAGACCACUGAUAAUCUCCCUCGAUCUGGGGCUCCACGCAAGAUCUCACCCCGUGGGGUCAAAAUGAUCACAAAAACGGUGAGCAAAAAUCCCAGAACCACACGGGGGGGACCUAGUGAAUGACCUGCAGAGAGCUGAGACCAAAGUAACUAAGCCUACCAUCAGUAACACACUACGCCACCAGGGACUCAAAUGUGUCCCCCUGCUUAAGCCAGUACAUGUCUAGGCCCGUCUGAAGUUUGCUAGAGUGCAUUUGGAUGAUCCAGAAGAGGAUUGGGAGAAUGUCAUAUGGUCAGAUGAAACCAAAAUAUAACUUUUUGGUAAAAACUCAACUCGUCGUGUUUGGAGGACAAAGAAUGCUGAGUUGCAUCCAAAGAACACCAUACCUACUGUGAAGCAUGGGGGUGGAAACAUCAUGCUUUGGGGCUGUUUUUCUGCAAAGGGACCAGGACGACUGAUCCGUGUAAAGGAAAGAAUGAAUGGGGCCAUGUAUCGUGAGAUUUUGAGUGAAAACCUCCUUCCAUCAGCAAGGGCAUUGAAGAUGAAACGUGGCUGGGUCUUUCAGCAUGACAAUGAUCCCAAACACACCGCCCGGGCAACGAAGGAGUGGCUUCGUAAGAAGCAUUUCAAGGUCCUGGAGUGGCCUAGCCAGUCUCCAGAUCUCAACCCCAUAGAAAAUCUUUGGAAGGAGUUGAAAGUCUGUGUUGCCCAGCGACAGCCCCAAAACAUCACUGCUCUAGAGGAGAUCUGCAUGGAGGAAUGGGCCAAAAUACCAGCAACAGUGUGUGAAAACCUUGUGAAGACUUACAGAAAACGUUUGACCUGUGUCAUUGCCAACAAAGGGUAUAUAACAAAGUAUUGAGAAACUUUUGUUAUUGACCAAAUACUUAUUUUCCACCAUCAUUUGCAAAUACAUUCAUUAAAAAUCCUACAAUGUGAUUUUCUGGAUUUUUUUUCUCAUUUUGUCUGUCAUAGUUGACAUGUACCUAUGAUGAAAAUUACAGGCCUCUCUCAUCUUUUUAAGUGGGAGAACUUGCACAAUUGGUGGCUGACUAAAUACUUUUUCCCCCACUGUACAUCCACAGGUACACCUCCAAUUGACUCAAAUGAUGUCCUAUCAGAAGCUUCUAAAGCCAUGACAUCAUUUUCUGGAAUUUUCCAAGCUGUUUAAAGGCACAGUCAACUUAGUGUAUGUAAACUUCUGACCCACUGGAAUUGUGAUACAGUGAAUUAUAAGUGAAAUAAUCUGUCUGUAAACAAUUGUUGGAAAUAUUACUUGUCAUGCACAAAGUCCUAACCGACUUGCCAAAACUAUAGUUUGUUAACAAGAAAUGUGUGGAGUUUUAAUGACUCCAACCUAAGUGUAUGUAAACUUCCGACUUCAACUGUAUGUUCACAAGUGGCUAGGAGGGAAGGGCUAGGGGGUUGUUUCUAGACAGACGGUACAGUAUGAAGAUGGGCAGAAACUGUUUCUCCAAUAAAAAUCCUGAUCACGCUUGUAGGCGAUGUCAUGGCGACGUUGGCUAGCUAAAAUCAUGCGCAGAAAUACGUCAUCGGGUCUAACAGUCGUCUCUCGCUGAACUGCGCAUGUGCAGGCCGUCAAAUCAAAGGCACUUCUUCGAUAUAAAGUGUUUUUUGACGAAAAUGAAAACGUGUCAGUUUGUCACUUUCACAAGGUUGGAGUAAUACCAUGUUCAACUACUUAAGACAUAGGCUCAAAUCUAGGUUGUACCUUUAGAUUUAGGGGAAAUUAACAAGGAAGAAUUUUUCACUUCUCUCAUUGACUUCUCAACCCUGGUCUGCUUCGCAAGCGUUCCCGGAAGUCUUGAGAAGUUUGCUCCUCUGUGCCAUGGUGUUAUGAGUCUGACUUAACCUUACCUUUGACCUUCUCCGUGCUGCAGGAUCAGCUACAUCCAUCUGAUGGCGCACUUCCGCAUGCACACGCAGAUCAAGGAGCAGACAGCAGCUUUCAUCCGAGGAUACCGCAGCAUCAUCAACCCCGAGUGGCUGCACAUGUUCUCCACCCCCGAGGUCCAGCGCCUCGUCUCUGGGGACAACGCCGAGAUUGACCUGGAUGACCUCAAGUGCGUAACUUUCAACCCUUUUCACCCCGACCAGCCUCUCCCCCUCCACGUCACUCUACUGUUGUUACUCGACAGCUCUUCAACCUGCCAAUUCUCAAAAGAUUUUAGGGAAAUCCUGAAAUCCACAGUGUUCAAAUAGUGUGAAUGUCCCAUUUCAUUGUUUCGCGGACAAUGAGCUGACUUUGUAAGAAGGUAAUGAAGCCAAGGUGUAGGUGCUCGCUGACAUGGUCUCUCUCUCGAUAUCUCUUUCUAUCACUCUGUUGCUCUCUCUCUCUCUUUCUGUCUCCCUCUCUCUUCGUCUCUCUCUUGUUGUCAGGAAACACACAGUUUACUAUGGAGGUUUCCACAGCAGCCAUCGGGUCAUCAUCUGGCUGUGGGACAUCCUGUCCAGUGACUUCUCAGCUGAGGAAAGGGCCAUGUUCCUCAAGGUAAUAACCACCCCCAAAUGUUACACAUUUUUUAUUUUACAUUUACAUUUUAGUCAUUUAGCAGACGCUCUUAUCCAGUGCGACUUACAGUUAGUGAGUGCAUACAUUUUUUCAUACUGGCCCCCCGUGGGAAACGAACCCACAACCCUGGCGUUGCAAGCGCCAUGCUCUACCAACUGAGCUACACGGGACCAUUUUACCAUUCAUUCAUUUAACUGCAUUAAAUCGGCUUGCGGGCCACCAGUUUGAGACUUGUACCUGUUAUGUGAUCGUCCAUUGUUGUUGUUCUUGAGUUACAGUUUGUCACCAGCUGUUCAAGACCCCCCCUCCUAGGUUUUGCCUACCUCAAGCCCCCUUUCUCCAUCCGCUGUGUGGAGGUGUCUGACGAUCAGGUGAGAACACUGUAAUCGUAGUCUAAAGUCAGAUGUUUAUACAUAGAGCUGGGCGAUAUGGACAAAAAUCCAUAGCGUGAUAAAUUGCCUGAUUUGAUGUGAUAAUGAUAAACUGAACUAUAAGUUUAUAACAUGAAUGUGCACCAGUUUAAAAUUAUCCUUUUAAAUUACUACUACUAGUUUGAUGGUUGUAGCCAUCAAUUGUCCCAUUAACAAUCACCCAUAUUAGCAAACUUAUUUCAUUUCAAACUUUACUUUUCUCUAGCAUAGGCUACUUAUCGUAAUGAACGAUAUCAGCAAAAUGCCUGCGAUAAGUGAUCAGUGUCGAUCAUUUUCUGUUUAUCGUCCCAGCUCUACAACCGCACACCGACACCAGCACCCCUGCUACUCUCCAUUGAACUAUGGCCUUUUUGUUGAAGAAGAAAAUAGCUUUGGGAAGUCAGUCCCUUGGGACUACUUUGGGUCGCUGUGUGUUCAUGUGUAUGUGUGCUCCUGUCGCCUGUCUCUCUGUAGGACACUGGCGACACCCUAGGCAGCGUCCUCCGGGGUUUCUUCACCAUCCGGAAGAAGGAACCAGGCGGUCGCCUCCCCACCUCGUCCACCUGCUUCAACCUGCUCAAGCUGCCUAACUACAGCAAGAAGAGCAUCCUGCGUGACAAGCUCCGCUACGCCACCAGUAUGAACACAGGUUUUGAGCUCUCCUAAAAUAAACUCUCCCCUGCUUGUGGCCUGCUGCCUGCAAAACUAAAGGGAGAACGACUAAAGAGCGUCCUCCUUACCCAGGCUAGAGGUGGGAGUCAGUCAAGUCAGUGGCGCUUCACCAAAGCGGAAGGCAAAACACAUAAGAUACCCCCCUUUCCUUUAUCCCAGCCUAGGAAACCAGAAGAGCUCCACCCUCUUUUACCCCAAUCAGACUGGAUUCUGGAAACUCCACCCACCUCAAGGGCUCUCAAGCCCAUUUGCUGCCUGUGUAACCAGGGUAACCUAUUUUCUGACAAGUUGUAGUCAUUGCCUAUGUUAGAUUGUUUUCUUCAAAUAGACAAGUAGCUAAAGAAACAAGUGCUGUGGGAGCAACACAUUUGGAACGGUCACUUUCUACUCUCUCAACUUUAACGCUCCUGAAAACCAACCCCAUGCUAAUAAUCGUAACAAGGAGGAGAAGAAUGUGUUACCUAACACAUUGGCAAACUAAAAUGGCUCCAUGUUUUACUAUUUCUUCUCAGGCUUAAUAGAACGAUACUUGGAUCUAGCACUCCCACGUCAAAUUAACUGGAAAGCAAUAUAGAUGCAAUGCAAGCCAUUAGACACGCAAUAGACUCCUCACUGGAGCAAAACCAUAGAACAAAGUUUCCUAUCUAUUGGAAUACAAUGUUAUCCAUGCAACUUUCAACUGUCAUUCGAUGAGUCUUAAUAGCCUUGUUGAACAUGACGAAAGCACCUUUUUAUAAAGAGACGACAAAUCACUGCCUCAUGUUCAACAACAAGUUCUGACCAUGGAGAGGUGGUCGCCUGUUGACGCCUGUGUCAUAUUUAUAUUGGCUCUCAUGGAUUAAUUAAGGAAUUAAAUCCUGACGAUCUGUCUCUUUCUCUCCCCAUAUACACACACUACAGUCAGUCACCUGACAAAAGCAUUGGACCCUGUAUCUCUGUUCUCUAAUGUAUUGAAAUUAGAACUCAUGUUACACAGCAAUGCAUUUGUAACCCAAAGUGAUGCCUGUCUGUCAUGUAAAAAAUGAACACGACACUGUCAAUACUUUCGCUGAUCAUGCGGUUGUUUGAUACAGACAAACGAUGUCCCGUUAUCUUCUGUCGUGGUUCCGGAGUCUCUUUUUUUGGUUGCUUUUGAUAAUGAAUCAGUGGCUCUUGAAUGUGUUAUAUGAUUUGCUGUGAAAUAUCUGGGUCCUAUAACUACAGCAGACAACUUUUACAAUUGUUGUUUUUUCCGCAUUGCAUGUUGCUGAAUGUGAUCUUUCCAAACAAAUCUGUUACAGUGAAGUCAAUGAUGAAAAUCUUUCUAUACACUAGGAUUUCACAGAAGAAUUCUCACUACACCUCUGAAAAAUGCUGAGUGCCUCGUGUGUCCCCAGCUCAUAUGUCUAAGUGUGGUGUUUGAAAGUGUUUGUGAAUGACCAUGUCUCUUCGAAAUGGAAUCAAGCCAUAAACACAUAGGACAAGGUAUUUAUAAGGACUUGAGCCUGCUUAGAGACAAUUCAAUUCCAACGCUCUCUCUACUGUGUCCACCACUAAACAAACCAACCAACCAAACCAGGAAAUGUUGGUGUCAUUUGUCACUGACUGUGCAUGCCAACCCUUGUGUCUGUGGACCUUACAUCCACAUGGAAAGGGGUUACACAGGGAGCAAACCAUACUACAACAUGAUGUCAUGGGUUGGUUGAUCACCUGAAUCUGAAAGCAUUGCUUUUGUAUCUAUCUACCCUCCUUCAGACCCCCUAUUUUCUUAACCACUCUCUUGCACAGAAAACCCUGCUCUUUUUGUGUGAAAAAACAUUACAAAAAACGUUGAAAUUAAGGAUAAGAAGGAAUUAUACCAUGCAAAAUGUUGCAUUAACAGGGUCAAAUAAAAAUAGACUAUAUGGGGCAGUUGUUAGUGACAAGGUGGUGGGAGACAAGGCAGUUUAGGGUCUUGAUUUGAAUGAAGUGAAAUAUAAAUAGCCUGUUUGUUGAUUCUGUAUUUUAUGCAGAACUGUUUCAUGAGUGGCGUACGUGUGUGAACUGCGUGGUUGUGGUCAACCAUAGAUACGGCUCUGGUUGUUGUCAUCUUUGGUUGAAGGCAUAAAACACCUUACGCCAUUAAUCAUUAAUUACUAGUUAACAGAAAAACACCUUUCUGAUGAUGAUAUGGGGAUUUUAUGGGCCACUAAACAAGGUUCUAUAUGGUUUUAUAUUGCUUCGCUACUUAAAUCUACCAAUGAACUGAAAUCUGUGAUCUAUUUGUCUGUGUAUAGUAAUAUUAAGGGGUACAAUCUACAGGUA